GACAUAUGAGCCUGCGAACAACAACACUCUGAAAAUGGCGAGAUAGACAAUUUGUACCCUUCCUUUUAUCCUAAUUUUAUAUUAUCUUAAAUAUUCCAUAAUGAGACGGGGUCCUGGAGGAGUUGGUGCUAUAAAUAAGCAGCGUCUCGCCAAGGCAAAGUAUGCAGAAAAAGGAACUGAAAUAGCUGACAAUCAGCUCUCACAGAUGGGAAAGCAAUUGGAAUCCUUUAAGAAUUACCUUGAAGACUUUGCAGCAAAGCAUAAAACAGAUAUCAAAAAGAACCCUGAAUUUAGAGGACAUUUCCAGAAGAUGUGUGCAAGAAUUGGAGUUGACCCACUAGCAUCAAGCAAGGGAUUCUGGGCAGAACUUCUUGGRGUUGGUGAUUUUUAUUAUGAGCUUGGGGUUCAGAUAGUAGAGGUUUGCAUUGCUACAAGGCCAAGAAAUGGAGGUCUAAUUGUCUUAGAUGAUUUGCAUUCCAAAAUCUCUAAAUCAAGUAAAGUUAGGCAAGAUGUUACUCUAGAUGAUCUUGAGAGAGCCAUUAAAAAACUUCAUGUACUCGGGAGUGGUUUUCAAGUGAUUCCAGUGGGUAGCAAAAGGCUUGUGCAGUCUGUGCCAGGUGAACUAUCUAUGGAUGAUACUGCUGUUCUUCAGCUUGCACAGGGAUCUGGAUAUACUUCAGUGGAGUCCAUUAAAAAAGAACUUACCUGGGAUGACGAAAGAGCAGUGCGUAUACUGAAUCACAUGGUACAUGAAGAGCUAGCAUGGAUCGAUGACCAAGCUCCAGGUAGACUUUACUGGUUUCCAGGACUCUUCCCUGACAACUGAACCAAUUAAUACAAUGAAAUACAACGUGGUUGGCAUAAGUUUCCAAAUGAACGAAAUUGUACAUAAAAUGUAGAACAUAUUCCAAAUAAUAAAAACAAAGGUUUCUGAUUCAA